GGGCAACUCCAGCCCAACACCCUCUCCUUCUGGCUCUCACCCCUUUGAGACCCUCGGCCCUACUCCCCGCCCCGCUUCGCUGAUGAGCUAAGCCCUCCCCUCCCUCUAAAAUGUCCAACCCCCCACAGAGGGUCUUCCUGAAACCCACCGCGGAAAAUUCAGGCCACGCCGCGCACUGUGUUUCAGGCUGCAUGUACCAAGUAGUUCAGACGAUUGGCUCGGAUGGAAAAAAUCUUCUGCAAUUACUUCCAAUUCCUAAUUCUUCUGGAAAUCUUAUGCCGCUAGUUCAAUCUUCAGUCAUGUCUGAUGCUUUGAAAGGGAAUACAGGAAAACCAGUUCAACUUACUUUUCAGACUCAGAUUCCCAGCUCUUCCACAAGUGCAUCAGUUCAAUUGCCCAUUUUUCAGCCACCCAGUUCUUCAAACUAUUUUCUCACAAGAACAGUAGAUACAGCAGAAAAGGCUAGAGUUACUGCUGUGGGAACUGAAAAUUUUACUUCAUCAGUUUCUAAAGUUCAGAGUCAUGGUGUAAAAAUUGAUGGACUCACCAUGCAAACAUUUGCUGUUCCUCCCUCCUCAACACAAAAUGAUUCAUCUUUUAUUGUAGUUAAUUCCCAAAGUGUUCCAAUGACUGUGAAGUCUCCAGUUUUACCUUCUGGGCAUCAUUUACAGAUUCCAGCCCAUGCUGAAGUGAAAUCUAUACCAGCGUCAUCAUUGCCUCCUUCAGUUCAGCAAAAGAUACUUGCAGCUGCAACCACAAGUACCUCAGGAGCAAUUGAGACCUCCCAAAUACCAACUGUUAUUUAUGUAUCUCCUGUAAAAACAGUGAAAAACGUAGUUACCAAGAACUUUCAAAACAUUUACCCAAAACCUGUUACUGAAAUAGCAAAGCCAGUGAUACUAAACACCACACAAAUGCCAAUGAAGGUUACUGCAGAGACACAAUUAAAAGGUGGUCAGCAUUCUCAAGCUGCUCCAGUGAAAUGGAUUUUUCAAGAAAAUCUACAGCCUUAUACUCCAUCUCUUGUUCCUGUUAAGUCUUCAAAUAAUGUGGCUUCAAAGAUUUUAAAAACUUUUGUAGAUAGAAAAAGUUUGGGAGAUAAUACUAUAAAUGUGCCCCCAUUGAGUACCAUCAGACCUAGUGGGACACAGUCCAAAAGUAUGCCUAUUAAAGAUAAUGCUUUGGUUAUGUAUAAUGAGAAAGUCUAUCUCUUGGCUAAAAAGGGGACAGAUGUUCUGCCAUCACAGCUUGACCAACAGACUUCUGUUUCUCCUAAUAUUCCACUAAGAAAAGACAUGUUACAGAUAGUAAAUUCACGUCCAGUCACAGAAAUAUCCAGAGAGGUUGUAAAUAUUGUUUUGGCUAAAAGUAAAUCUCAGAUGGAGACAAAAUCACUUUCCAAUACCCAGCUUGCUUCCAUGGCCAAUCUAGGGGCAGAGAAGGAUAAAAAAUUGGAGAAACCAUCUCCUUCUACCACAAAUCCACACAGUAUGAACCAGUCCAGUAACUACUUAAAACACAAUAAGACUUUACUCACAAAACCAGUCUUUCCAGAUGGCUUUAGUACAGAACACAGUGCCCCCAGAAAAGGAAGUAUCAUCCAGAGCAUAGAGAAAAUAAGUUCCUCUGUUGAUGCAACAACUGUUACUUCACAACAGUGUGUUUUCAGAGACCAAGAACCAAAGAUCCAGAAUGAGAUGGCAUCAACAUUAGAAAAAAGUACUCAAGAAAGAAAAGAUGAGAAAAUUUCUCAAGGAGGAAGUAAUAAGGCAUCAUAUAUGAAGAAUGAUGCUGAACUUAAAAAGAUAUUUGGUCUCACAAAAGAUUUGAGAGUGUGCCUUACUCGAAUUCCUGACCAUUUGAGCUCUGGAGAAGGUUUUGAUUCUUUUAGCAGUUUGAUGAAGAGUGGUACUUACAAAAAGGCAGAGUUCAUGGUGAAGGAAGAAGGAAGAAAACAGAAGAAUUUCGAUAAGAAAAGAAAAACAAAAACUGCUAAGAAGAUGGAUUACAGAAAGAAGAGAAAAACUGGAGGUGUUUAUAACACAGUCAUAAAUGGGGAGAUUAAUGUCACCAGUUCCCAACUCCUUAGCAGUAUUUUACCAGAUUCAGAUGUAUCACAACACAAUAUUCUCACAAGUCACAGCAAAACCAGAGAAGAAAAAAGAGCUGAGAUAGAGCACAAUACCCAUGAGAAGCAAGAGAAAAGCACAUUGAGUUCAAAUGCAGCUUAUGAGCAAAGUCAUUCCUUUAAUAAAAAUUAUAUUGAAGAUCUUUUUCCAGUGACACCACCAGAGUUAGAAGAAACCAUUCGAGAUGAAAAAAUAAGAAGACUGAAACAGGUACUGAGAGAGAAGGAAGCAGCUCUUGAAGAAAUGCGUAAGAAGAUGCACCAAAAAUAAUAAUUCUCCUAUACUUAAAGACUUCAGUGAAAUAGUUGUGUUUUUUUGUAUACAUUUUUGGUUUAAUGAGUUAAUUGUAGCUGCAUUUUGAAAAUGUCUUUGAAUAUGAAACUUGUUUUUUCAUCAGUUGAUUAUGAAACUUCAUUUAAGGAAUACAGAAGGGUUGAUUCAUAUAUAAUUUGUGAAUAAUCCACAUGGGGUAUCUAAACCAUUGUCUUAGAUACCUUUUUGGGAAGGAAAAAUUAUAUAUUUUUCUCUUACUUUAACUCAGAGUUUUCAGGUUUGAAUAUUUGUGUAGGACUUUGUUUUUGUAUCUUUAGCUAAAUUGCUCAGAUGUUACUCCAAUAAUAGGUAAUUUUUGUGUAUUGACACUCUACAUCCAAGAGAGGCAUUCAGCUCUUAAGCUUUACUAAUGGUUUUGUAUAUGUUCUUGUUUGGUCUCCUUACCCACAAAAUAAUGAUACCUUCUACUCACCAUUAUUUUGUUAUUUUCUUUUUAUUGCAUGAAGUAAAAUGUAUUACAGAAGCAUUAUUUGACUAUUCAAACAUUUCUCAAGAGUGAGGAACAUUUGUUUUGUUAC